AUGGCCUCACAGCCGCCGCCGGGCACCGGACUGAUGUCGGCCGACACUGCUGACCCCGAACUAGGCUCCGGGACACCUCCGGAGCCGAACCCCACCACAAGAGCUAAGCGACGACGCGACACCAAGGCACUGCCGACUCGGCCUAGCCUAACGGGAAGCCAGCUUGACGCCACCAACGACGCCCCUUCCUCGGCCGAAGGGCCCACAACCUCUACAUCAUCUCCUCCGACCGGGUUCGCCACAGGGUCCGUCUUGACAGCCCUUGCAGAAGAAGCCAGACAAUACGAGGCACGGAAAGACGUCUUUCUGACCAUUGCACAGUCCGUUGACAGCGUUGUCGCCAGCUUCGACGGUUCUAGAAAGCAGAUCGCGAAAGAAGCCAGUGGCUAUGUCAUCCAAGCCCUCAAGAGACUGAUCAAUCACGAGACAACCCCAGUAGCGGCUCGGAGUUGGGCGGCUGUCGCCGCACCGAUGGCGGGCAACACCACUGCGACGGACGGGGAAAGCGCGGCUUGGUGGACAGAGGAAUGCGCAGAGGCCCACAGAGCGUACCGGGCUGCCCGCAACCAACAAGCCUAG